AUGCACGCUCUUCAUGCGAGGUGGACCAUCGCUGCAGGAUUCGAAGACGUCAUUUUGGAUGUUCCCGUGGUCGGUGGAGCGCACAAUUUAAUCAAGAAGCCGCUGGCGUGCUUGGCGUCGCGAGCCAAGUUCUUCCCAACAAGGAGGCCUCCGUCAAAUUGUCCGAAUAACGGCAUCGCCGUGCGCAGCAUGCUGGAGCAAGGAUUUCUCUUCAAUGUGAUCGCCCGCGUGUUGUCCGACGUCUGCGUGGUCCCCACGGCAGAAGCAGAAUCACAGGCGAUUGCGACUUUGUCGUUAGAACGGCACGCAAUCGCAAGUUGCGCCCACUCUUUGUCGGGCCAGCGGGGGUCUAGCAAAGAGGCGGCGGACGCCCAGUUGUUCUACAGAAAGUUCCGGCAGACUGCAUCGAAUUGGAGUGAAUUCGGGAUGGAUUGCGCGAGCGCGUUUCCUAUCGGCCAGUUGGGCAGUCCUAUUUGUUCAAUCCAUUCAGUAGGUGCGCACCUGACGCCUGCAGAGCUUCUGGGCAGUUUGCAGUCGCUAUCGCUGAACCGCGUGAGAUCUGAUGCACUAACAGAUCCCAGACUUCGCUCGCAUCGAGAUCUGGUCAAAAACACUAGUAGCCCUUGUGCGUUCGUGGUUGCCAAGGGUCAGCAAGGCUACCGAGCUGCACGCCCUGGUCACGUUGUUCUUCCUCCUGCAACGAAUGUGAGAAUAUCCCCGAUCAAGUUUGACAAGUAUUCUGCCCCUCAUGCGAACCGCCUUGUAGAUUGUGAUCACCGGCUCAUGGCUUGCACUUUGUUGGACACGUUGAAUUUCUUGCCGGGCAAGAGGAGCAUGACCCGCAGUCAGUGCAGUCAUGUGUUCGUGCACAUGCGUAUCGGAAACGCACGGUCAGGCAUUUAUCCAGCCAAAGAACCAGCGGUCGAACGCGCCUGUUCUAUCAAGAAGGUCCUUCGAACACGUGAUCUACGCUGGCUUGCACCAGGGCAGCGCAACAAUCUAAUAGAGAUCUCCAAGCCGUUUGCCAUCGGUCAUUGCGCAACCGCGCGUGCGAACAGUGUCAGUCAAUUGUUGCGUCGCCGCCGUCCACAAUCUUCAACUCCCCACACGCAUUUUUUUUGA